AUGCAGAGGUUGAUGCAGCUGUGGUUCACCCUGCUCACGGUGUGCGCGUGCAGCCGGCGCGCGCUCGGGGGCUACGGGCUCAGCAUGUUCGCGGCGCAGUCCUCUCCCCCGGACCCCUGCUACGACGAGAACGGCAACCCCCGGAGGUGCAUCCCGGACUUCGUCAACGCGGCUUUCGGGAAAGAUGUGCGCGUGUCCAGCACGUGCGGAAACCCCGCGGCGCGGUACUGCGUGGUGAGCGAGAAGGGCGAGGAGCGCACGCGGGACUGCCACACGUGCGACGCCUCUGACCCCAAGAAGUCCCACCCGGCCGCGUACCUCACGGACCUGAACAACCCGCACAACCUGACGUGCUGGCGCUCCGAGACAUACAUCCAGUCCCCGCAGAACGUGACGCUCACGCUGUCUCUGGGGAAGAAGUUUGAGGUGACGUACGUGAGCCUGCAGUUCUGUUCGCCCAGACCCGAGUCCAUGGCCAUCUACAAGUCCAUGGACUAUGGAAAGUCCUGGAUGCCCUUCCAGUACUAUUCUACCCAGUGUAAGAAGAUGUACAACCGCCAGAACCGCGCAGUGAUCACGAAGCAGAACGAGCAGGAGGCGGUGUGCACGGACUCGCACACGGACAUGCACCCUCUGAGCGGCGGCCUCAUCGCCUUCAGCACGCUGGACGGACGCCCCUCCGCGCACGAUUUCGACAACUCCCCGGUACUUCAGGACUGGGUCACGGCCACAGACAUAAAGGUGAUCUUCAGCCGGCUGCACACGUUUGGAGACGAGAACGAGGACGACUCGGAGCUGGCCCGGGACUCGUACGCGUACGCCGUGUCGGAUCUGCAGGUGGGCGGCAGGUGCAAGUGCAACGGACACGCGUCAAAGUGCGUCAAAGACCGCGAGGGAAACCUGGUGUGCGAGUGCAAACACAACACCGCGGGGCCCGAGUGUGACAGGUGCAAACCCUUCCACUACGACCGACCCUGGCAGCGGGCCACGGCGCGCGAGGCCAACGAGUGUGUGGCCUGCCACUGUAACCUUCACGCCCGCCGCUGUCGCUUUAACAUGGAGCUGUACAAACUGUCGGGACGCCGCAGCGGAGGAGUCUGCCUCAACUGUCGCCACAACACGGCCGGACGCCACUGCCACUACUGCAAAGAGGGAUACUACAGAGACAUGACCAAGUCCAUCUCCCACAGACGAGCGUGUAAAGCUUGUGACUGCCACCCAGUGGGCGCAGCGGGUAAGACGUGUAACCAGACCACCGGCCAGUGCCCGUGUAAGGACGGGGUCACGGGCAUCACCUGUAACCGCUGCGCUAAAGGCUACCAGCAGAGCCGCUCGCCCAUCGCCCCCUGUAUCAAAAUCCCAAUUGCAUCCCCAACGGCGAGCAGUUACAACAGCUACGAGGAUCCUUCAGACUGUGACUCCCACUGUAAGGCGUCCAAGGGCAAGAUGAAGAUCACCAUGAAGAAGUACUGCAAGAAGGACUACGCUGUCCAAGUCCACGUCCUGAAGGGAGACAAGGCGGGCGAGUGGUGGAAGUUCACCGUCAACAUCAUCUCCGUGUACAAACAGGGCGAGCACCGCAUCCGGCGCGGGGACCAGCUCCUGUGGGUGAGGGCCAAGGACGUCGCCUGCAAGUGCCCGAAGAUCAAACCCGGCCGCAAGUACCUCCUCCUGGGCACGGACGACGACUCCCCCGGUCAGAGCGGGGUGGUGGCGGACAAGGGCAGCCUCCUCAUUCCCUGGAAGGACCUGUGGGGGCGCCGUCUGAGGAAGUUCCAGCAGCGCGAUAAGAGGGGCAAGUGCUAG